AUGUGGUCCGGGCGCUGUCGCUCGGCUCUGCACAGACUGCGCAGAUGCGCAGCACAAGCGACAGCUGCUCCAGUGACGGACAACGUGGCUCCUUUUGCGACCCCUGUCAUUGGACGUGCGCCGUGGAACGUUGAUGCAUCGAGCGAUGGCUACAAAGAGCUGGCCAAAAGAAGUAUUUUGCAGCAUGGCUUCGUGCUGCUGCAUGGUUUAUUCCAGACGGAUGAGCUCAAGAGGCUUGCGGGACCAGCCAUGUCCAACACUGAGACGGUUCUGUCAACGUUGCAUGCGAAGGGCGUGACUUUGCCGGUCGGCAGCCGGGCAGGCUUCCACGAGGUCGUGCUCCGAUCACCGGGUCGUUACGACGUCCCCUGUGACUUCAAGGAAUUCCCGAACGAACUGCUGCAGAAGUUUGAGUGCAUUGCCAGUGAGCUCCUCAACGACGGCGUCGGAAGUCCGAAUUCUCCGAGCCGAGCCAGCCGAGCCUUCGCGGGCAUCGUGCGCGCGGAGCCGGGCUCCGAGAGCCAGAUUUGGCACGCCGACUCGCCCCAUUUGACAAAGGAGCACAGCAGCCCAAACUUGCUGAACGUCCUGGUGGCAACACGGAAUGUCUCGAAGCAGUUGGGCCCCACUGAGCUGGUGCUCGACUCUCAUCGCCUCACCAACCACCUUCGCCCGGGCGCGCAGUUCUCAACGGAGCUCCUCUAUCAGGACCCGAAGAACAGUCCAAAAGCCAUCGGGGCUCAGGACCUUCCAGUCAUCUUGGCCGAGAUGGAGGCGGGCAGCGCGCUGAUCUUCGACGACCGGAUCCUUCACAGAGGGGGAGGCAACGUCUCUGCCGAGAACCGCGAUGUCGUUUUCUUCUCCUACAGCCGGCCGGACUUCGAGCACUCCACACACUACGAGGCAGUCCGUUCCCUGAAGACCUACGACCACCGGAGCUUGGCCAAGGAGGUGCGACGCGAGUUCCCGGGCCUCCGAGCAGACGGCGACGUGGUCUUGGCGGACGGCGCAAGCGGAUCGCAGCUGCACGAGUCCGCCAUCCAGGCCGUGCAAGAGCAACUGACGUACGGCACGGCCAACAUCGGCGGCGAGUACGACUCCAGCCGAAGGGCCGAAGCGGCCGUGUCCGGAGCGCGACUGGCCAUGUCGGACUUCCUGACCUGCGACACCCAAGAGGUGAUCUUCGGGGCCAGCAUGACGAACUUGGUCCUGCACUUGGCAAGAGCCUUGGGCCCUGCCUUGGAGAAGGGCGGCAACUGGGUGCUGGACCCCAUCAGCCACGGUGCCAACGUAUGGCCCUGGGUGAAGCUCGCAGGCCGCUUGGGAGCCGAGGUGCGCUGGCUGCCGGCGGAGAAGUGCCGGCUUCAAACGGAGGAAGGCGCACUGGCGGCGGUGAUCGACUCAAGCACGCGGUUCGUGGCCGCAGGCGCCGCCUCCAAUGGAGUUGGAUCCGUCCACGACGUCCAGGAGCUUUGCCGAAGAGCCAAGGCGCUGUCGCAGGGCAAGGCCUUGACGUUUGUGGAUGCCGUGCAUUAUGCACCGCAUGGCCGCGUCAACGUGCAGCGCAUUGGCUGCGACUUCUUGGCCUGCUCCCCUUACAAGUUCUUCGGCCCGCACGCAGGCGUCCUCUUCGGACGCCGGCAGCUCCUGCAGACCUUGCCGGCGGAUCGCCUGGACUGCUCGGACGACUCCUUACCGUGCAGCUUGAACAACCACAUGUCCCGAUGGGAAGUUGGCACGCAGAACUACGAGGCUCUGUCAGGAGUGACUGCUGCGGUGAACUAUUUGGCCGAUUUGGGGCACCGCUUCGGUGGGGCCGCGCCAUCCGCACCACGGGCAGAGCGCCUGGAAGCAGGGUGGCAUGCCAUCGAGGCCCACGAGAAAGAGCUGAAAAACAGCUUCUUGGAAGGCGUGAAGAGCCUUCGGAAUGUCCACGUGCUGGGUGAAGAGGACCCUGCGCAUCGUACAGCCACCUUCGCGGUGUCCAAGGAGGGCCUCAAACCGCAGGAGCUGGCCAGCAGACUUUGCAAAAGGGGGAUCUGGUGCACCGCUGGCAACCACUAUGCCGGGUUCUGGGAUGAGCAUAGCGGUGGCCUUGCGAACAACGACGAGGGCAUGGCUCGCUUGGGCUUGUUGCACUACAACACCCUCACCGAGGUGGAUCGAAUCCUUGCAGCACUCGAGGACGCGUGA